CCCCGGGCUGCGCGACUCCAUCCUCCAUCCCGUGGAACCGCAGCACCGCCUCCCAUCCGGGGCCAGUUCCAGGCCCUCUGGCCAGGCCCACCGGACAUGGAGCUCCGAGCAGGGCACCGUGAGCCCCCGGUGCGCCCCAGCCUGCCCGUCUGGUUAGCGCCCAGCUUGGGGAGGGGACGGUGGAAUCUAGCAGGGUGAAAAACUCCACAUCCUGCCCGCCCCAGGCCUCUCCGCCCCGCGGUAGCGAGGUGGGAUGGGUGGGGAAGAAAUCUCUGCUCCUGUCUUUUUGCCUGCCUUUGACCAACUGGAUGACCUUGAGCCGACAGCGCCUCUUCUGUCUAUCCUCCAUCUACACAAUGGGGAUUGGUUUGGCAGGGUCUCUGAACCCACAUCUUUUAGGAUGGGCACGUUGUCGCAUGCUUGGAGACUUUAAGGCUGUUGGUUCCUGGGCCCAUUUGCCUUGACCUGGAUCUACCCUCUUCCCUUGCCUCAGUUUCCCUCAUAUCAUAGGACCAGCUUCCAGCCCUUCCCAUCCCAAGCUCUGGAGACAGCAGCCUCCAGAUUGCUGAGGGCACAGACAGCAUGAAGGCCCGGGGUCGCCUUCUGCUCCUCAUACUGUGCACCUUGACAUUCUCCGCUGUCUACAUCUUCCUGUGCUAUUGGGCCUGCCUGCCCCUCUGCCUGGCUACCUGCCUGGACCCCCACCUCCCUUUGGCACCCAGACCCACUGUGCCAGGGCCCCUGCACUUCAGUGGCUACAGCAGCGUGCCAGAUGGGAAGCCCCUUAUCCGAGAGGUUUGCCACAGCUGUGCAGUGGUGUCCAGCUCUGGCCAGAUGCUGGGUUCAGGCCUGGGUGCCCAGAUUGAUGGUGCUGAGUGUGUGCUACGCAUGAACCAAGCACCCACUGUGGGCUUUGAGGAGGAUGUGGGCCAGCGCAGCACCUUGCGCGUGAUCUCGCACACGAGUGUGCCACUGCUUCUGCGAAACUACUCACACUAUUUCCAGCAGGCUCAAGACACACUCUAUGUGGUGUGGGGCCAGGGCAGGCACAUGGACCGGACGCUGGGCGGCCGCACCUACCGCACAUUGCUGCAGCUUACCAGAAUGUACCCCGGCCUGCAGGUGUAUACCUUCACUGAACACAUGAUGGCCUACUGUGACCAGAUCUUCCAGGAGGAGACGGGCAAGAACCGUGAGAAGAGCCCUCCUUCCGUGCCUUACCACUACUUCGAGAAGGGCCGGCUGGAUGAGUGUCAGAUGUACCUUUUGCAUGAGCAGGCGCCACGGAGUGCCCAUCGCUUCAUUACUGAGAAGGCUGUGUUCUCCCGCUGGGCCAAGAAAAGGCCUAUUGUGUUCGCUCACCCAUCCUGGAGGGCCGAGUAGUUUCUGUUGCCAGUGGCCACCAGGCUUCUGCCAGGCCGCCACACUCCAUCAUGAACAUUUUUUAUGACUCUCGCCUUCUGCCUGAUUCCAGGUGGUACCUGGGGUCUCUGUUACCCCACACUGGGUACACUUGAAGAAUUCUUGGGCCUUGUGACUUGAAGGGGAGUCAAGAGGGUACAUUUAUACUACCCCUGCUCCCUGGCAAAUCCACGUCUUCAUCUUGGGGUUCCAUCCACCUCCAGGUUGUUCAAGUGGCCUUUGCCCUGGGGCCAAGGGCCCCCUCACCAGCACCAUGACUUUAUGCCAACCUUGAUCUUUCCCUAUCUGUAGCCACACGGUGCCACAUUCUCAGGCUGGUGGCCCUGGUUGUUGCAUCCUAGAACCUGGGAUUUGAUGGGUACAAGGGCCUUUGAGCAUCCGCCUCCCAGGACUGUCUCGGGAGUGUGCCAGUAAAUGCAUAUUUUCUGGA